GCAGCGAAGGCAGCAUCUCACCACCACUUGCUCUCUGGAACUAUUUCAGACGGGCUCUUUAUUUAGACGUUGUCCUUCCACAUACGUGUUUAGCUCAACCGCAAAGCGUGCACUUUCUGCAGGACAAACUUGGACCGAAAGGGAUGCGCCAACCGGUGCAUGUUAACUGAGGACUCGGACAUGGCUCAUAGGAAAGCAAUCCCCACUGGAGUGAGGCCGCUCAUUUCGCAGGUUAAUCGUCAAAUAAUUUAAAGCAAAUUUAGAAUAUUUUUCAAGAGGAGGGGGGAAAAAAUCAAUCUCCCUCGGUGACCAGGCGGGGUUGCAGUCCUCUGAAUUUUAAUGCGGGAAAGUUAUAAACGGAUUGAGUGGCAACUGAAGUUAUUUUGAGGAGGUAUUCUGGGUUGGUGGAUGUUUUUGGACGGAUUGCGACCAAGCGUUCAUCCAGGUCUAUGCUCCAAGGAAGAUCUUCUCAUGACCCCAUGGAACACAAUCUAAUCGUUAUGCUGUUUUGGCUGGUGGUGCUGCUCUGCAGCUCUGCUGAAGGUAGCAUUCUGUACCGGGUCCAAGAGGAGCAACCUCCCAACACUCUUAUUGGUAGUCUGGCCGCAGACCAAGGGCUGCCAGACUCAGGUCAUCUAUACAAGCUGGAGGUCGGUGCCCCUUAUCUACGUGUUGAUGGAAAGACCGGAGAUAUUUUCACCACAGAGAUCCCCAUCGACAGAGAAACGCUGCGAGACUGCCGCUUGCUUGUUAGGGGAAAACCCUGCUACCUGGAAUUUGAAGUAUCUGUAACUGAUCUGAUACAGAAUCAGAGCCCGAGACUUAUUGAAGGACGCAUCGAAGUACAGGACAUCAAUGACAACACUCCCCAGUUCCCUUCUUCUGUGCUGACAAUAUCGGUCCCUGAGAACACAAUCAUGGGGGCGCUGUUUGCCAUACCGUUAGCAACUGAUAGGGAUACAGAUAGGAAUGGCGUGAGUGAUUAUGCCUUGACAGCAGGACAAGAUGCAACAACGUUGUUUGGUUUGCAAGUGGCUGAUGACAGGGGUGGCAAACUACCACAGCUAAUUGUUCUGGGCAACUUAGAUCGGGAGUUCAAGGAUUCCUAUGACCUGACCAUCAAGGCUGUGGAUGGAGGAAACCCACAGCGCUACAGCAGCGCUUUGCUGCGAGUGGUCGUCACUGAUGCCAACGACAAUUCACCCAAGUUUGAAAAAUUAACAUAUGAAGCAGAAGUGUUGGAGAAUAGCCCAGUUGGACAUUCUGUACUUCAGGUCAAAGCAAAUGACUCAGAUAUGGGCCCUAAUGGAGAAAUUGAAUACACGCUUCACCAAGCAGGAGACCCCGUGCCGAAAUUCUUACGAAUCGAUCGCUCCACCGGUAUCAUUUAUGUCAAAGGACAACUGGACAGAGAAGAGAUUGACAGCUUGUCUUUCUACGUGGUAGCAAGGGAUAAGGGUCCUCAACCAAAGAGCUCCAAGACGUUUGUCACUAUUGAGGUGACUGACCAAAAUGACAAUCCUCCAGCUGUGGAGAUACGUGGAAUCGGUCUUGUGACUCACAGCGAUGGAAUCGCUAACAUUUCAGAAGACAUGCCCGUGGGAACAGCUGUUGCUUUGGUGCAAGUAUCUGACAAGGAUGAGGGAGGGAACGCAGUCGUCACAUGCGUGGUUGCGGGCGAUGUACCCUUCCAGCUUCGUCCAAUCAGCGAUUCGUCCAGUGACAACAAGAGGAAAUAUUUCCUACAAACCACUACUCCUCUUGACUAUGAAAGGGUUAAUGACUAUCGAGUGGAGAUAGUAGCUGUAGAUUCUGGAAAUCCAGCACUCUCUAGUACCAACUCAUUGAAGGUGCAGGUCACUGACGUCAAUGACAACUCUCCAGUUUUCUCCCCAACCUUGUUUGAGGUCGAUUUUGCGGAAGAAAACAAACCGGGGGAAAAAGUUCUGGAUGUUGUAGCGUCAGACGCAGACAGCGGCACAAAUGCUGAGCUUGUCUACAAUAUUAUGGCGGACUCAUCCAUCAAGGGACUGUUUGAGAUUGAUCCAAACACAGGGGAAGUCAGAGCCAGGAAUCCGCUCGAUCGAGAACACAAAGAGCACUAUGAGUUCCGGGUCACUGCAGCUGAUAAAGGAUCACCUGUCCAUAAAGGAACGGCAAGUGUUGUCAUUAAGGUCCUGGACCGCAAUGACAACGACCCGAAGUUCAUGCUUAGUGGCUACAGCUUCUCGGUAUUGGAAAACAUGCCUCCCCUCAGCCCGGUUGGAAUGGUAACAGUCAUGGACAUUGAUAAAGGUGAAAAUGCUCAAGUUCGUCUCUCCGUAGAACCCGAUGGAGGCAAAUUUGUUGUUCAAAACGGAACUGGCACCAUUCUAUCAAGCAUAUCAUUUGAUAGGGAGAAAGAGAGCAGCUACACUUUCCGUCUAAAAGCAGUAGAUGGAGGGCAACCAUCUAGGUCUUCUUAUGUGGGUGUUACCAUUAAUGUACUGGAUGAAAAUGACAAUGAUCCUGUUGUUACAAAGCCUUCCAAUUCUUCAUUCAGGCUUUUGUCACCCUUCGCAUCUCCUGAGAGUCACGUGGAGAUGGUAGAGGCUGAAGAUCUGGACAGUGGGCCCAAUGCUGAGCUGAUCUUCCACAUCGCAGGCGGUAACCCUUACCAGUUAUUUCGCAUCUCACCAUCCAGUGGAGAGAUUACUCUUGCAAAGGAGAUGGCUCCAAAAUACGGCGGACUUCAUCGUCUGGUGGUAAAAGUGAGCGACAGAGGGAAGCCGGCACGUCAUGCCACUGCCUUGGUCCAUAUCUACGUCAAUGAAACCAUUUCAAAUGUCACCUUAGUGGAGGCUCUAGUAGGACACAGUCUAUACACUCCACUAGACAGGGAUAUCGCUGGAGAUCCAGACAACGGCUUUGCCGUACAGCGGGGCAACAUUUUGUUUGGAAGCCUUGCCGGUGUGGCGGGUGUUGUCAUGCUUAUAUUGGUGGUUGUUUUCAUCCGCCACCGCAUCCAAACAGAAACAAAGAGUGGAUAUCAACCGGGCAAGAAGGAAACAAAGGACUUGUACGCACCCAAACCCCCACCGAAAAAUGCCAAAGGUAAACGAGGUAGGAAAGGAAAACCUCAGAAAUCUCCAAAGCCACUUGGGGAAGAAGAGGAAGUUAGCCUCCAAAAAAGCCUCAAGUUCAACCUUGAUGCAGUCAAUGAUAGCCCGAGGAUACAUCUGCCCCUGACUUACUCACCAGAAAGCCCUGACAUAGGCCGACACUACCGCUCCAACUCCCCGUUGCCCUCCAUUCAGCUGCAGGCCCAGUCUCCCUCUGGCUCACAAAAACAUCAGGCGGUGCAGGAUCUUCCGGCUACCAACACAUUUGUAGGGACUGGAGGAGAUGACAACUCCACUGGAUCAGACCAGUACUCUGAUUACAGCUACAAGACCAGUCAACCCAAGUACAACAAACAGCAUCCCCACCGCCGAGUGACCUUUUCCACUGCAAACCCUGUGCAGGACCUGCAGGACACCUCUCAGCACAGUUACUAUGACAGCGGCUUGGAAGAAUCCGAGACACCCAGCAGCAAGUCAUCAUCUGGCCCUCGCAUUGGACCUUUGACCCUGCCUGAAGACCACUAUGAGCGAACCACUCCAGAUGGCAGCAUUGGAGAGAGCGAACACCCUGAAAACGACAUUCGCUCGCUGCCUGAUGUGGCGAUGACCGGAAACUGUACGACUGAGUGCAGCGAAUUGGGCCACUCAGAUGCGUGUUGGAUGCCUGGGCAUCCCUCUCCUGUACGCAGGAGCAGGAACCCCCCCAAACUCUCCACCUUUGUGCCUUACCAGGAAAGAGGGAGUCUGGGACGUCUGGCAAAUGGCGGCGCCAUUCUGGCUGGCGAAGAGCACCGCUCUCGCCUCCCGCCCUCUCGCAGUGCCUAUUCUAGCAGCGGUCACGAUGCCGGUCAGGACUGCCCCUUGGAGGAGAUGCCCCUGAGCGUAACCUCCGAGUUCCCUCCCACCUCGCCGUCUGUCCUCACUCCGAAAAGAGAAAUCUAUCUGUGAAUUAUCAGUAGAGAAAUGAAGAAAAGAGCAACCGAUAAACAAGGCUGCCCACCUGUGAAUGAAAACUAACGGUAGGAUGUGAUUUGUUCAAGUACUGGCGGAAUCAAUUAGGUCAGGGGUGUCAAACUCAAUUUUUUCGUGGGCCACAUGGUAGUUUUGGCUUCCUUCAGAGGGCCGUUUUCUCGGCCAACCCAUAUAAACAUUUGACCGAUUUGGCUGCUAUUGGCGACACUAGAUGUCCAGUCCGUUUGAACUGGGAGGGGCAAUUGAAGGAACGUUCCCAGUUCAAAUGGAUUGGACGUCUAAUGCCUUCAAUUGCAGUUAAACUUGGGCUGCCAUCAUUAAUAGAGUAAUCGAUUAUCGAAGGAAUAGUCACCUAUUAUUGAUUUAAUUCACUAAAGAAAGGGGUAAAAAACUUAAUAUUCUCAAAUUUUUGAACUAUGGAAAUUUUACGCAAAAAACAUGAAAGACUGACCACAAAAAUUGGCCCACGUGCCAGCAGUUUGGCACCCCUGAAUUAAGUCAUUUGCCAUCGCCAUUUUCUUUUAAAUUUUGAGUUACGACAAAUUCCACGAGGUCAAUUGAUCUACUCUCUGAUUCCUUUAUUCAUAGGGAAACUUGUGAUCAGUGCUCUUGUGCCAUCGUUCCAUCGUUUUGAUAGCCAGGCAUUACGCCCCUAUCCGACGGCAUUAGGUUUUUAACUCAUUGGCUGCCAUCAACGGUGCUAGACGUCCGAUCUAUUUGAAGUGGGAGGGUUGACAGCCAACCCUUCCACUUCCAAUAGAUCACGUCUUUUAGUGAUAAACUCAUUUUUACAAAAAAAAGCCACACGAUUGGACGUCUGUCACCAUCAACGGCACUGAAAGAGUUACCAAGCUAACAAUCAAAUGAAAUGUUCUAUUGUUGUACAGUGCUGUAAAUACAUUUUGAACCAUGUGCUCGGCGUACAUUUUCGUCCAAAAGAAGCCGAUAAAAAUCGUUGUUAAGGUUCUCUUUGCUGCAGCCUCUGUUUAAAACUUGAUUGAAAACAUCUCCAGGAGAGAAGCUCAAUAUUGUGGAAAGCAUUUAUCCGCCCCAUAUAAUCACACACACCUUCAACCCCUAAUCAUAGCAAAAUGGCCUUUACCUCUACUCCCUGUGGAGUUUCACCGUGGGUGGGGAAAGCUUUGCAACCGCAUUUCAACAGACAUUAUGUUCCAUUGACUCUCAGCACUGUGACCUAUAGUUUAUCAUCAAAACGCUUGACUUGGCCACAGUCCCCUGGAGUUACAAUGACGAAACGCCAAAUUAGGAUUGGGUUUUCUUUGCUUGAAAAUUCUUAUGACUCACUCAAAAUAUACCAGUCUUUUUUUUUUUUGUUUUGUUUUUAAGCUCUUCUCUAUCCAGACAAUCAAAAUGCUAGGGCUUUCCCUUCACAAGCUAUGAGGAUGCCUCAUGAAUUAAUGAAUUUGUAAGCUUAUUUAUCAGGCGGGGCCGAGAGAAAAAAAACAACAACACUUGAAUCUUAAGUGGGGAAUAGGAGUUCAUGUUGCACUUAUGUGGUCCUCCUCAUCCUGAGCACUUUCUUUGUUUUUUCAAAGUAUUCUAUUAUAUCUCAAGAGGUUUCCAGAGGUAAAUUCAGUGUCAUUUGUAAACAUAUCAGUCCUUAAAAAGCAUCCUCUAGUAAAUCACCGUAAACCCUAUAUAGGGCACUAAGUGGCUGCCGUUGUUGGCGCUAGAUGUCCAAUCCAUUUGGAUGUGAAGGGGUGAAUAAGCUUUCAAAAUUUUAAACUUUGCGGGUUUUUUUGAUGAGCAUUUUAUUUAAUAUAUUAGCCUAUGGCGGAAAACACUCAGAUGACUUGAAGUUCCGCUCUGAGAGCCCCAAUUUGGCCAAAUUUCAAAAUUAUCCUAUAUUUAUGUGUGAUACAUCAUUGGAAAGUUUAAAAUGUCUAUUUUCUGGUGGAUGAAAAAUUUUGAACAGUAUGGCAUUUAAAAAAAAAAUUAAACCCCUAAACCCUAAUUCGAGGUGAGAGAGCAUAAUUAAAGACACCAUGAUUUUAACGAGAUGUUAUUACGUACUUACCUUAUUUCGAUCCAAAAACUCAGUGAGCAUGUAUCACCGAGUGUCAAAACACAGCUGUAAAAUGCCACAGCCGGAAAUUUUGGGGAUUUUAUGGGUGAAACGCUGUAAUAUAACAAGGGUCGCCAUGUAGAAAUCACAGACAUCAAGGAGUGGUCGAUAUUUUCUUUUUCAAAUAUUUAGCCUUUGAAAUGUUUUUUUUUUUCCUCCGAUUAUUUAUCA